AUGUUAAAAUCCCGCUUCAAGCAAAAUCGUGUCACAUUAGAUGGUCAUAUGAAACAACAAUGGAGUUCAGUUUAUUGGAAUCAGAAUAGUGUACGUCCGAAUCGAAUUAUUCAGUUAUUAAAUGAUGAAUUGCAACAAUUGCAGAAGGCAUCGAAUCCUCAAAAUAAAGGCGAUCAAACAGAUGAAGAAUAUCGUACACAUGCAACGAGAACAUCGCCGAACCGCAGUACGACCACAACAACAGCAGCAACCACUGUUCCACCCCUUACAUCUGUGCCCAAUAUAAGUAAGUUCAAAAAGCUGCCUACCAUUGUUGCUGGUAACGGAACCGUUGGUAAUAGUACACGCAUGCUAAAUGGACCAUGGGAUUUUUCAAUUGACAGCCAUUCGAAUCUAUAUAUCAGUGACGGCAACAACAAUCGUAUUAUAAAGUUUUCAAAUCCGUCCGGAUCGAUCAUUGAUGUCUACGGAAAUUUAUACGUCUCCGACAUGUACAACAACCGAAUAAUGAAGUAUUCUAACAUUUUAUCAGCAUCUUCAACACCGCCGAUCAUCGGUCAAAUUGUUGCCGGUGGUAGUUAUGGAUCUAAUUCUAAUCAACAGGAGACCUCUUGGGGUGUAGCAGUCGAUCUGCUUGGCAAUGUUUACGUAUCAGACUAUAGCAAUAAUCGAGUUAUGAAAUGGGCACCAGGAUCAACUACCGGAUCGUUAGCUGCUGGAAUGUUAAAUGGUACUGGAGGUAAUGGUACAAAUCAACUUCGAUGUCCAUUAGGUAUCCAUGUUGAUCAAAAUAUGAGUCUUUAUAUUGCCGAUGCGUGCAAUGGCCGAAUUCAAAAAUGGUUACCUGGAUCAUCGACAGGCGUAACAGUCGCCGGUGCCAAUGGACAGCUAGGCUAUCCGACUGAUGUUUUCGUUGAUACUUAUGGAAUCAUUUAUGUAUCGAGUAGUUGCGGCCUCUAUCGAUUUUACCCAGGUUCAACGUCGGGUACUAUUGUUAUUUCAUCUUGUUCAAUAAGUUUCGGCUUUAAACUUGAUUCGGUUGGUAACGUGUAUAUUGCUGACUAUUAUAAUGGUGUCAUAAACAAAUAUACAGUCAACAAUACAAAUUGUGGUGUUGGCGUUCGAAUGAACAAAAUUUUGGAUAUAUCAUCAAAAGUUACCUCAGCAUCUAUUCAAAAUCAUCAAGCCAUCAUCGAAGCAACGAGAGCAAAAGCUCGACUUCAACCACUCAGUCUGGGAACUGCACAUUAA